AUGAAGCACUCGAAUGGCAUGGCGACGUACUACGGAUAUGGCCAUCCCUACGCUCAGGCGACUGCUCGUCCGCUCAUCUGGGACUACAACUGGCUAGGGACUCUUACUAUGGAACAGAGGAAGAACGAACUCUUGCAUGCUGUCUCGGAGGCUGGGGUCAAGGCAAUCGAUCUCGUCUAUGCUGAGGAAUUGUUUGCUCUGGAGGAGAACAAGAUCUCCAUUGCUAUGGAUAUUCUCGUCAAGAAGGCCUCUGUCGGCCACAGACUGAGGAGAUCACCGAUGUUUUUGCUGAACAAAUGA